AUGCGACAACAUCAAGUUGAACAUGCUCUCUGUGAACUUGAAUUGGGUACGCGAGUGACUUAUCAAGUCGGUAGUUAUCCACAUUUUGUGGCUACUGUCGAUGUUAAUGGUGAUGGUUAUCUUGAUAUUAUUGUACUGAAUACCAUGAGCCAAAAUGUCGGUAUUAUGCUAAACACAGGAAAUGGCACAUUUCGUAGUCAAGUUACCUAUCAGAUCGGCUAUUGGGCAUAUAAUAUGGUCGUUACCGAUGUCAAUGGUGACAAUCGUCCCGAUAUAAUUGUGACGAAUUUCGAGCAAGGCACUGUUGGUGUGCUUCUGAACACAGGUGAUGGUACAUUCGGCAGCCAAUCAGUCUAUUCGGGCAGCUUUUAUCCACGUGGCUUGGCCGUUGCUGAUGUCAACGGUGACAAUCGUCCAGAUAUCAUUGUCACGAACCCACUUUCUACCAACAUUUAUGUUUUUCUGAACAUUGGGAGUGGCACAUUCAAUGGACCAAUCUCCUAUUCAGUUAGUGGAUACGCAUAUGCCGUAGCUGUCGCCGAUGUUAAUGGUGAUAGUCGUCCAGAUAUUGUUAUCGCAAACGCAGCAAACAACAACGUUGGUGUUCUCAUGAAUACAGGAAGUAGUUCCUUUUCUAAUGAAGUGACAUAUCCAGUCGGCUCUUAUUCAAUGUGGGUAACUGUUGCUGAUGUUAAUGGGGAUAGUCGGCCCGACAUUAUUACAGCAAAUACAGGUAGCAACAAUGUUAGUGUUAUAUUAAACAUGGGUAGUGGUUCAUUUGGUACUCAAGUAACUUACCGAGUUGGUUCUUGGCCAAACUUUUUGACCGUUGCCGAUGUUUAUGGUAAUAGUCUCUCUGACAUAAUUGUAGCGAAUACUGGAAGUAACACCAUUGGUGUUCUUCGUAACAGAGGUAACGGCAUAUUAGAUAGUCAAAUACUCUACACAGUUGGCAAUGGGCCGUAUUGUGUGGCUGUAGCCGAUGUCAAUGAUGAUGGUCGUCGUGAUUUAAUUGUAGCGAAUGGUGGAGACAACAGUAUUGAAAUAAUUCUCACUCACUGUAUUUGCCGACAAUGUUGGAGCUAA